AUUUAAAGGCAUAUGGAUUAGGGGACCUAGACUUAAAUAUAGUACGACGGAAAGGGCCUGGGAUAAUAUUCCUAAUACAACUAUCGCUUUAAAAGAACUUAAUAAUCAAGAAGACUUUAAUCAAUUUUUAGCCGAGGUUCGAAACCAUCGUCAAUUUCUACUUAAUACCGAAAAUCACGUGUUAAGAUGUUUUGGAAUCACGAGAUCCCCAAACGAUAAUACGGAACUCGCAAAGUGGCUAAAGAAAGAUGCGAAAGAUGCUAAAGAGAGACCCAAACUAAACUCGUAUAUGAUGGUGAUGAUGUGGGCAAAUGAUGGUGACUUAUUCAAUUAUAUUAAGAAAACAUCUAAUGAUGAAAAUUUCACUUGGUAUAAACGGUUAAAAAUAUUAGAAGAAUUAUCAGGUGCCCUCAAAAGUAUCCACGAUAAAGGAGUAAUUCAUCAGGAUCUUCAUUGUGGCAAUAUUUUAAUGAAUGACGAAGACAUAUUUCACUUUCCAGCUAUCGGUGAUUUGGGAUUAUGUGGAAAUUACAAUAAAACAGGAAUUCUAAUUGGCGUAAAAUCUUUUAUUGCACCUGAACAUUUAAAAGAAAAUCCAGAAAAGUUUACAACAGCAUCAGAUAUUUAUAGUUUUGGAAUCAUUAUGUGGAUAAUUGGUUGUUGUAAAUUACCUUACGAAGAAUUCAAGAAUGAUCAAUUCGGAUUAGAAUAUAAUAUAACAGUUGGAGGUUUACGUCCAAAGAUACCAAAAGAUAUUCCAACAACUUAUGCAGAACUUAUGAAAAGAUGUUGGGAUGAUAAUCCAGAAAAACGCCCAAAAGCAUUUGAAUUAAGAAACAUAUUUUCAAUGUGGGAAAAACAAUAUUAUUCGAACCAUAAAGAAUUUUUUAUUGCAGAAAAGGAAAGAUUACAUAAGAUCAAUAAUUCUGGCCUAUAUUGUAAUUUUCUUGAAAAUCAAGAAAUAGAACGUAGUAAACUGAUUCAUAAAAAAGGAAAUAAUGCUUUAUCAUGCAAACCCUUUGAUGAAGUUUCUCUUUCAACGGUUAAUUUUGAAAAUUCGAAUAAUAAUAAUGAAAACGCGAAUCUUUUAUUUCUUUGUUAGAGAAUUGAAUAUCUGUUACCCUUCCAGUAAGAGCGGAAUGAGAAAAAGAUUUGGAGACAGCAGAAUUCACUGCUCCUCCUUCGCCAAGACCUUACUGUAUAUGGAAUAUGAGUUAGUGUAUUGCUAUGAACAAGUAACCGCUAUGGGAGUAUCAUCAUCAGCUUAGCAAAGAAACUGCCACCUGAGGCAACUAUCCCUUUACUUUUCGGAAAUUUUCUAUUGGACAUUUCCUAAAAGUUGCAGGCGGUCCUAUAUAUAGAUAAAUUCCAGAUUGUUUUAUUAUGUAUGUCCAAAUUUGUUUCUCAGUAAAUUACAAAUAGUGUUCACAUUAAAUUUCUCCAUGUAUCCACACCUUUUAUUCGUUUGUAGAGUUUAUCUUAAUUUUUCAGAGAUUCGUUUUCGCAGUAAUGGUUUCUUAU